UUUGUGUCAAGAUACAGCAACAGCUCUAAACGCUCUAAAAUGACAUCAACCUCGGAGAUACACUUUAAUGGACUGAAUUCCAGUGAAAGCCCUGUGCGACAUUCUAAGCCUCCUGCAAUGUUGUCUACAGUCGUUAUGAAUAAUGGUGUAAAUAGUCCAAAUUUGGAGAGUUUCUUCCACCAAGCAAUGGAAAUCAUUUUGAAUGAGGCAGUGAAAAAAGCCACUGACAUCAGAGAAAAGGUGUGUGAGUGGCGUUCCCCUGAGUGCCUGAAAGAGUUGUUGGAUCUUGAGUUGAGAGAUGGUGGGGAGUCUGAGUCCAUGAUUCUGCAGCGCUGUAGAGACGCCAUCAAGUACAGUGUCAAAACCACUCAUCCACACUUUUUCAACCAGCUGUAUGCAGGGAUGGAGCCCUACUCCACAGUUGCAAGCUUUAUAUGUGAAGCAGUCAACACCAGUGUGUACACAUAUGAGGUGGCUCCAGUCUUCACUCUGGUGGAGGACACUCUGCUGAGGAAGAUGAUAGAAAUGGUUGGUUGGGAGGAAGGAGGGGAUGGAAUCUUUAACCCAGGUGGCUCACUGUCCAACAUGUAUGCUGUGAAUCUAGCCAGGUAUCGUUACUGCCCAGAUAUCAAAAAGACGGGCAUCUUUGCUACUAAACGACUGGUCAUCUUAACAUCACAGGAGGGUCAUUAUUCCAUUUCCAAAGGAGCAGCUUUGCUGGGCAUUGGCACAACAAAUGUUUACAUUGUGCCAUCUGAUAAGAGCGGUAGGAUGAUUCCCUCAGCUCUGGAAGAACAAAUAAAGACAGCUAAACAGGAGGGUGCAGUUCCCCUCAUGGUAAACGCUACAGCUGGGACUACAGUACUUGGAGCUUUUGAUCCCAUUGAGGAAAUUGCAGACAUCUGUAAGAAGUACAACCUCUGGUUGCAUGUUGAUGCAUGUUGGGGGGGGGCUGCCCUGAUGUCCAAAAAGCACAAACACCUGUUAAGAGGCAUACACAGAGUCAACUCUGUGUCCUGGAACCUUCAUAAAAUGUUAAUGGCACCUCUGCAGUGCUCUGCUUUCCUGGUCAGAGACAAAACGAGUCUCCUACAGCACUGCCACUCUGCUCAGGCCACCUACCUAUUCCAGCAGGAUAAGUGUUAUGAUGUCAGCUAUGACACAGGGGACAAAUCCAUCCAGUGUGGCAGGAAGCCAGAUGCCUUCAAAUUCUGGCUCAUGUGGAAGGCUUUAGGAACCGCAGAGCUGGGGCAAAGGGUGGACAGAUCUCUGGUCAUGGCAAGUUAUCUUGCACAAGAAAUCAAGAAAAGAGAAGGGUUUCAACUUCUAAUCGAACCUGAAUAUGCAAAUGUUUGCUUCUGGUAUAUUCCUCCAAGUCUGAGGAACCUUUCAGAUGGUCCAGAGCUCUGGAAAAAGCUCCACACUGUCGCUCCACUGGUAAAAGAGCGCAUGAUGAAAAAAGGUAGUUUGAUGGUUGGUUACCAGACCCACCGUGACAAACCCAACUGUUUCAGAAUGGUGGUCAUAAGCCCUGAAGUCAGCAACGCAGAUCUGGACUUUGUCCUGGAUGAGAUCGAUAACCUGGGAAAGAACUUAUGAUGAAUAGAAAGAAAGGAAAUGUUUAGUUGAUCAUUUGGAUAGCAUUGCUUUUACACAGGAAUAUAAACUGCUUUAAAUGCAAAUAUGAAUAAUUUAUUCCUAGUCAAAAAUCACAUGUAUUGAGUGUAUUAAUAAACAAUUUAUAAAUACAUAGUGCUAUAAUAAAUCAUUAUUAUUUUAUAA